UCAUCCAAUAUAUUUAUCAUCCCCAGUCAGCUGGCUUCUCUAUUGUACAAGUACGACCCAGAUCCAAAAAAUGACCCAGAGCCUCAAAACGACAGUGGCUGCCACCGCCGCCGGAGAGCAGAAGCUGAAGCCGAAGUCCGGGCGGAAGCCACUCCAGCCAGUGAACUGUCUACCCACCAGUAAUAUAAAAACCAAGCCAAAGGAGAAGCAAGAAUGUAUCAAUCAGAACCAGAAUAAGAAUCAGAUCUCUGUGGUUGGAGAUCUGAACGAGGAGGAGGAGAAUCAUGUGGUGACAAAGUUGGAAUCACUGGAUGCGUCGCUGGCAGAGGAACUCAGUGCCAUAAGAAAGAAGCUUGAGAGAUUGAGAAUGGAAAAAGAGAAAACAGAGAGGAUGUUGAAUGAAAGAGAGAUGAUGCUAGAUAAGCAAAUGAAGGAGCUUCAAUACAGAGGGGAAACUCAGAAGGUGCUGGAGAUUGAAGUUGAUAGAUUAUACAGAUUAAAGGAACUCAAGUCUUAUUGUUUAAGGAUUUCAUCGAUACGGUCACUCAGAAAAAAGGAACAAGAAAAGAGAACCAGCGGAGGAGUUGCAAAAUCCAUGUCCCACGAUUUAGUUGGUGAAGAUGAUGAAGAAUCCGUGGGUGAGAACACAAUGCAGAGUCCAUGCUCGAGCCCUGUAGAAGAAAAUACAGAGAAAGAGAAAUAGUGUUUUGCUUUCACAGUUGUUUGAAUUCUUGUUUCUUCUUUGGUCCUGGUUACACUUGGAGAGGACAGUAUUAUUAUAAUUUCUCAUUAUACCAGUUGCUGAAAUUUUAAA